AUGCAAUCCCCUUCACCACGACUACGUCAUUACAGGACGAUGACCGCAAUAUGCUUUGUCUGCAAUUUACCAAUCCUUUCCCACCAAGUUGGGCUGGUGUGGGCUGGUGGAAACGGAUGGGACGAACUCACGCGGUCCACAUUGGAAGAGACGACACUUCGACAACGUCUUGGUAACAGAAGAGAUUCGUCUGCUCAAGUAUGUUGUGUUUCACCCCCUGAGCCUGAUGUUGCAGAUCAGCCACGAGGCGGACCUAGACGCCGCCGCUCAUCGUUGGCCCAACUGACAGACAUUCUACGAGAAUGGGGAGGAGGUGGAAGUAAUGCACCAAGACGACAACGUGCUCCAUUGUCAAGACGUGAAACCUUAGCAGAUCUUGCUCGUUCUCUACCCUGGGCACGUCAUGAACCACCACCACGUCGAAGACGCGAUUCUUCUGCAGAUUCUGGUAUUAAAUCUUCAACCUCAAAGCGCCGAGAUUCUAAAGCCAUAACCCCACAUGAUUUUCGAUCUGAUUUUCCAACUUAUUUGGAGCGCAAGGAUUCUACAAUAAUGUCUUCAAGAGAACGACGUGUUAAGAGACGUGGGUCGAGUGAUGGCAAGGAUCGCAGAGAUUCUGUUGAUGGUCAUCGACACCGCAGAGAUUCUGUAGCGGCUCCACCGCCACGUGUAGUUGCAACUCAUAAGAAAAGAAGAGCUUCUCCACCUACUCCAGCACCUCCAGCUUUUGUUGAUGCAUCGUCUGAUCCAGGUCCUUCCACACACCCACCGGCUGUAACUGUCGUGACGGUUCAUGAACCAACUCGCUCAGAUGGUGAAUGCCCACCGAUGACUAUGCCGACAAUAAUAACUUCAGCAGUAACACCUUCUCCCACUUCUCCAACGGCACCAACUUCUAAUGCUACACAAUUAACACAAGCUUCACAAGCUUGUCAACCUACACAAGCAACGCAAGUAACACCUAGUGGAAGAACACCUCCAAACUUAGGUGGAAGAAGAGAUUCCACUACACAAUGUGGUCGAGCUCGAAGAGACUCACGGGCAACUGCUAGUCCAGAAAGAAGAUUAGUUAGACUACCAAGACAAGCUACAGCAUUUGAUGAUCCAUCUGGACCACCUGGAACGCGACGUAGAGAUUCAGGUCCAAAUUUGGACCCUGAUGAUGCUGGAAGAGCUAGACGCGACUCUUUGAGUCCCGACUCUGCAGCACGACCGCGUCGAGAAAGAAAUCAAUUAAGUCCCGAUAGAGCGGGUGGAGGUGAACUAAGUCCAUCAGCAGCUCGUAGACGAAGUCGCUUAAGAAGACAAGCAUCUUGUGCUCGUGUUGGUAGAGCACGUAGUCCCGAGUCAAGUUCAUGUUCCAGUCGAGAUCCGAGCCCGUGCGCACGACCUCCUGAGCGAACAAUGUUCAGACGACAAUCAACGACUGAAGAAAUUUUGAUAGCUCGUGGUUUUCGCCGUCAAUCUACAACCGAAGAAAUGAUACGAUGUCGUAAUUUUAGACGACAAAGUUCACAAAGUGAUGAUGCAUGCAUGCGCGCUCGAGGUCGUCGUGACUCUUCUACGCAAAUACUUGAUGGUACUAUAGGAACUAUGACUGUGGAGACAACCAGCACAUUUUUCGAUUCAAGUACACAAACAGAACCGUCCCCAUUGUACGACAACAACCACUACCACGAGGAAUGUCUUCGUUGCAACUCUUGUGGGUUAAACCUCACUGGACCCAAUCAAAAACGCGCUCGCCGAUUCAAGAACCAAAUCCUGUGCGACCUGCACUUCGCGGACGUGGCGCUGAUGGAGUGUAGCGACUUCAUGCAGCAGCUUCGCAGCUUCAAGCCCCAGUCACUGGGCUGCGCUGUCGCCAGGCGCAAGUCUUCCACCACGCUUAUAUUUCCUCUGCCACCACAAGCGUGUUCAGAUGAAUUCUGCGAAGAAUACCCACACAAUCUCAUCCCAACCCCUGGCUACUGGAUCGAAUGCUCUCGUCAGAAGAUUGCUACUGAUACGAUAUGGGACGAAUCAGAGUCUGAGCAUGAUAGUGGACCAGAUGGAGAUAGAGGUGAAUCCCGCCAUCAAAAAUCGGGAUCUCUAGACGAAGCAGCAGAGGAUAGCAGCGACAAUGGAGGAAGUACGCCUAAAAAGAAGACAGCUAUCGAGGAGCAGUGGGAAAGAUCAGGGGGCUUCGAGCUUACUUCGGUGGAACAAGAAACAUAUGAAAAAUAUUUCUAUGGUACAGAACAUUGGAACUAUUUUACCAGUGAUGAAGAUCUGGGACCCGUGAUUUUGUCCAUAAAACAGGAAACCCUUAACGCUAGGGACCAGUUUCGAAUACUAGUUCGAGCUAUAAGCUACACGGUGCACGGGUUGAUACCAGCUUCCUGCGUGUUCGCGGACCGCUACAAUCGCGAGGAAGUGGUCCGGUCUCUCGGCAAGGAAGUGAACAUCAAUCCGCCGCUCAUGCUAGGUCAGCUGCCUGACACGCCCGAAGAACUGCUCAAGUUAGACCAAGUGUUCAUUAAAUCUGAGUUAAAAGUUGGCGUCAUUUAUGUAAAAGAAAAUCAAUACACGGAGGAGGAAAUAUUGGACAAUAAUGAGAACUCUCCGUUUUUUGACGAGUUCCUGCAAGUUCUCGGCGAAAAAGUUCGUCUCAAAGGCUUUGACAAAUAUAAGGGUGGUUUAGACACAGUACACGACUUGACUGGUUUAUAUUCAGUGUAUACAAAUUGGCGAGGUAUCGAAAUAAUGUUUCACGUGUCAACUCUUCUUCCGUAUGAAAAACAUGACGCUCAGAAACUGCAAAGGAAACGUCACAUAGGAAAUGAUAUUGUUUGUGUGGUCUUCCUAGAAGCUGACAAUACAGCUUUUUCACCAGCGUGUAUCAAAAGUCAUUUCUUACAUACAUUUAUACUCGUACGAGUGUCAGCCAAAAUUAAAAGGCGACCGACUAGAUAUGAAGUGUCUGUCGUGACCCGGGACGAGGUGGGGGCCUACAAGCCCUACUUGUGGGAGCAAAGCGUGUUCGAUAAAGGACCUAUGUUCAGGGAGUGGCUGCUUACAAAAAUUGUAAACGGAGAACGAGCCUCAUAUUCAGCGCCUAAGUUUGCAAGAAUGCAAGAACGCACUAGAAGUCAAAUGCUAGAAGAUAUCGUAGCCAAUCUACAAAAUCACGCUGAAACUGGACAAAUACCUAAACCUUAUAGACGCGGAUCAUGGCGCCCUAUCGGUCAUAUGAGACCAUCGUCCCCUCUACUUGAUUCGGUCAGAGAUCAAUUCGAAGAUUACGACCAAUUAGCUAAGGACUUCACAAGAGUUUUCCUGAACAAUGAGCUAAACGUUGCACAAAACGCUCAACUUUUUGACGUCGUAUUUUUAGUGGGACAGUCAAAGCAAAAAACUAAAUUCAUUGGCGUUAGAGCUAUAUUGGGUGUAAGGAGCAGAGUGUUCCAAGAGAUGCUGUACGGCAUCCAGACGGGGUUCGGGUCCCCGCAGGUGCCGGUGGCGGAGCUGCUCGCGCGGCCGGCGCCCACGCUGCUGUCGCCGACGCCGGCGCGCCAGAAGAGCAGCAACUUCCUGCAGGUGCCCGACAUCGAGUCGCCGAGGCCAAAGAGCGUACCUAGCUCUCCGAUGGUUAAGCGAGCUUUCUCCCGAUUAGGCACAAUAACGGCAGGUUGGGGACGCUCGAUACGAAAACAACAUUCUCAACUUAAUGCUGACGAUAAAAAGAAAUGGGCUAGCUCUCAAGACUGUUCAAAUAAAGAAAGUAAAGAUAAAGAGAAAGACAAAAAUGCCGCCCUAGCGGUACCGCGGCUGUCGGUUUGUGCUGAUGCGCAGAAAGUUGACCGUGCCAAACUUGCUCAGACUGAGUUUUCCAUUAUUGAAUUUGACCCGGAAACAUUCCGAAUACUCCUGGACUACUUGCACACGGGCAGCUGUCCUCUCACGUGCGCGUCCAUCCCGGGACUAAUCUGCGCGGCCGAGCACUAUGAUCUACCGGAGUUACUCCAAGCUUGCUUCCAUCAUGCCAAACAAUUUUUGAGAAUAGAAGUGGUAUGCACAAUGCUUAUAUCAUUAGAAAAUUACUACUGGCGAUAUACAUCAGCUUCGGAACUGGUUAACAUGAUUUUGGCCUUCAUUGAACAAAGAGCUUAUGCGCUGUUCCAGACUUCAGAAUUUCUCAAUCUAUCCGAGUCUAUGGUACAAAUGAUUAUGUGUAGAAACCUCGAGGUACCAGAGGUGAGGAAAUUCGAAGCUAUGUUGAGCUGGGCCCGUAACAAAAUCAAAGCCAAAUCUUCCAAUAAGACUGAUGCCAAAAAUGAGUUUAAAUGCAUUAUGGAUAGAUUAGCCAGGGACUUGAAACUGUACAGAAUAUCGCCACAAGAGUUAAUAAAAGUAGUUCUACCAUCGAAAGCCAUCAAAAAUGAGCGUAUCCUCGAAACUUUGAUGUAUCAAGCAAAUUCAGGAAUGUACAGGAUACAAGAGGGUUACAUUGAAGCCUGUCAACAACGCCUUCAGAAACAAGACUCAAGGUUUUCUGAAUUCGAAAGCUUCGACUACGGGAUAUAAACUAGGAGCUGUGAGGAAUAUCAGUGUAUUAGAUAGAAUAUAAAGCGCGAUAGGAUUCGGUUCUUCUAAUUGUGGUAUGACGACGCCUUCUAAAAGUAUUAUUGUUAUAGAUGUACUUUAGUAGAGGUGCGAGAAACAUUUGUACACUUCUCGGAUACCUUUCCUUGUUGUUGUUCAUUGAUACCUAUAUAUUUUUUACAUCUAGCUAGACGUUUUCAGUAUAAUCAUCUCUAUUUUUGGUACCAAAGGUUUGAGAUAAAAAAAAAGCAUGUAGUCUGGCAUAUGGAAAAAUAAAACAGUAUUUGAUGUUGUUAAUUAAUGAGAUUUUAAAGACAAAUUGGAAAGAGUCACUACUGUGAUCAGAUAUUAAAUAAAAUAGCUAAUUUGGGUCGGGAUCUGGGGAGAGUUCGUUUUAUUUACAUAAAAUUUAGAUUUAAAAUUACAAUAAACUUUAUGAAUUGAAAAAUAUCCGCCCUAACAGUUAACUAAAUGCGGAAUCAUUUUGCUCACUCUACAAACUAGAAUUUGGAAGCAUCUUUCUAUCUCUAUGUACUGUUUACCGUUUUAAGAUUUAGUCCCCCAGAAAGAUCCAUUCACAAUAAUUGCUUGUAGUCUCUGGCACGCAAAAGUUGACUGAUCGCUGAUAAAGGUUAGAUUUAAUUAAAUACAUGUAAUCGAAUUCUAAAUGUUAGAUGUAAAAUGUUACAUAAUUCAAUAAUACAUAUAGUGUACUCAAUAAAAUAUAACAAAGUAUUAAGUUUAUGUAGAAGGAAAUGUGUAGUUGAAUCUCAUACGCGAGAUCUCCUCGUCCCGGUGUUAGACCCUAUAUUUUAAAAAUUAUAUUUGAACCAUUUCUUUUAUUUUUUUCUCCUCUAAUGGAUACAAAUCCUUUCCUCUCCUGUGAUUCGCACAAUCUUUUACUAAACGUAUAUCAUAGACUAAACAUUUACAACUUACAUAUAUUUUAUUCUAUAAAUGAAGCUUUAAAUUUCCCAUAAAACCUUCGUGUGCCUACAUUGUAGUAUUUACCUCAAAUGACAAAAAAAAAAACCAUAAUGUAUAAUCCUGUUGUUAUCUCUAAUAUAAAAUAUAUAUGUCUAUGUGUUAGUUAACCAAAAAAAAAUUGUCUUAUAUGUAUAACAAAAUCAAUGUUUUCCUGUAACAGUAUUUUAGCUUGUAAAAUUAAAUGAAUGUGUUUGGGUUAAUUGUAUUUUUAAAUGAAUGGUAUCUGUAAUGUUGCUUUUAAUUGUUUUAGCGAACCUUUUUUUCUUAUUAAAUGUUGUAGAAUAUUA